UGCGAGGACCGAGGAGGAGAUCGCGGGGCUCAGAGCCGGGGGAGAUCUGACGAGCCGCACACCCAGCUCACGGAAGAUGAAUCUGGCCGACCACUUGUCCCCAGAGAUCCAGAGCAGCGUCGCCAUUGAAUAUCUGAAUGCCUCCGGACAGGCGAUAAAACGGAAAGUUAUCCGUAACGCCUUCACCUCGCUGGGACGCAAUGAGUUCCGGGAGCUGGUGCUGCAGGUCAGUGAUGGGAAGUUGCCCCAAAACUUCAUCCUGAGGCAGAUCCAGAUCUUCACCCGCUUCAUCCGAGACGGGAAGAGCUCCAUCGUGCUGCGGCCGGACAACGUGCAGCUGCUGAUCUCCAACUGCCCCUCGGACAAGCUGAAGCACUUCAUGAAGACCCUGAUGAUAAAGCACGAGGCGGGGAAGAGCGAGAAGCCGGUGAACGAGCGGAUGCGCCUAUUGUCGGGGCUCCCACGAGUAUUUGAGACUAUCAGCCCCAUCCAGAGGAAGGAUGUGGAGCAGGCGAAUGAAAUGAGGGCAAAGGUCAACACCCAGACCCCUGUGAAAGGGAAGGGGCUCAGUAACCGAGGACCCAAUGCUGCAAACCGAUGUCCGCAGAAACGACCGAGGACCGCAUCAGCCGAGAACAGCCUGAUUUCUGAGCUCCGUCCCAGCAAAAAGCCGGCUCUGACCAUGCCCCAGCAGCUGCAGCUCUCCACCGAGCAGUCCAUGGUCCUCAGCACCGUCCUCAGCGGGAAGAAUGUCUUCUUUACCGGAAACGCAGCUUCACCUGCAGAACAGCUAUUUCCGCCUUGUAAAGUCUCUGCCUCGGUUUCCUUCUUUCCAGGCACCGGGAAAUCUUACCUCCUGAAAAGGAUUGUUGGGGCGCUGCCCCCUAAAAGCACUUAUGCGACAGCGAGCACAGGGGUGGCCGCCUGUCACAUUGGUGGCACCACACUACAUGCCUUUGCAGGUAUCGGUUCUGGGAAGGCUCCGCUGGAGCAAUGUAUAGAGUUGGCCAAGAGGCCGGGGGUCCGUCAGCACUGGAUAAGUUGCCGACACCUGAUCAUAGAUGAGAUCUCCAUGGUGGAAGGAGAAUUCUUUGACAAGCUGGAGGCUGUCGCCAGGGCGGUCCGCGGGCGGGACGAGCCUUUCGGUGGGAUCCAGCUCAUCAUUUGUGGAGAUUUUCUACAGCUUCCACCAGUGACUCAAGCCUCAAGUCAGACAAAGUUUUGUUUCCAGAGUAAAAGCUGGAGGAGAUGCCUUCACCUGACCAUGGAGCUGACGGAAGUGCGGAGACAGACGGACAAGAAGUUCAUCUCUCUGCUGCAGGCCGUUCGUCUGGGCAGAUGCACGGAGGAGGUGACGAGGCAGCUGCUACUGACCGGUAACAACAAAAUUGAGCGGGACGGGAUCCUGGCGACGCGACUCUGCACCCACAAGGACGACGUGGACCUGACCAACGAGCGACGAUUGCAGCAACUGUCUGGGGAGGUGCACAAAUAUGACGCUCUGGACAGUGACCCAAUGCUGGCGAAGACAGUGAAUGCGCAGUGUCCUGUUGGAGAUCAGAUUCUGCUGAAGAAGGGCGCUCAGGUGAUGCUGACCAAGAAUCUGGAUGUCGCCCGAGGUUUAGUGAACGGAGCGCGAGGAGUCGUCGUCGGGUUUGAAGGAACAGAAAGACCUCUGCCUAAAGUGCGCUUCCUGUGCGGGGUCUUGGAGGUCAUCAAGCCAGAGCGCUGGGUAAUUAAAGCUCAUGGUGGGGUCUACCUGAGCCGGCAGCAGUUACCCCUGAAGCUGGCGUGGGCCAUUUCCAUACACAAGAGUCAGGGAAUGACGCUGGACUGUGUGGAGAUCUCCCUGUCACGUGUGUUUGAGAGCGGCCAGGCCUAUGUAGCGCUCUCCAGAGCUCGCAGCUUAGAGGGUCUCCGAGUAAUGGAUUUUGAUCCCAAGGCGGUAAAUGCGAAUCCCUACGUCCUCCAGUUCUACGCUAGACUCAAGAAGGAGCGAGCGCUGUACCAGACGUCUCUGGAUCCGUACUUGGGAGGAAAGGAGAAUAACUGAUGUCGUGUUCGUUUUUUAUCUUUUUCCUGUGUAAAUAUUAAUGUACAGAACAAAUUGGCACUUUUUUAAAUUAAAGCUUAUGUAUUUU